AAUCCUACGAGGAAAGCUGUGCCAAACUUCAGUUCGAGUUAAAGUUUGGAUACCCUGAUCAUUUAACAGGUGUAAACACUGAAAGUAAAUACAAAUCUAAAUGUUACAUCUUAACCCUGUUCACGUAUAUUCCCAUCGCGGAUUCUUAAAAGGGGAUUAUUUUCUCUAUUUGGUCUCGCAUUUUUAUUUUUUCUAAAGAAAUGGAAGCGAGCUCGGGAUCGCCUGUCUCCCCAGUGGACAGCUCAGUUACCAGCGAAGAGGAGGACAGACAACCGAGAAGAUUCGGAAGGAAGAGGAAGCGCAGCAAGAAUCUAAACGGUGACUGCAGUCCCUGUUCAGUUAAACGAAGCAAAAAAUCGAGUCCCAGCAGCGCGCAGUCAUACGAGGAGCUCCAAAAUCAACGGGUCUUAGCGAAUGUAAGGGAGAGACAGAGGACCCAGUCUCUCAACGAAGCCUUUGCUUCCUUACGGAAAAUCAUCCCCACGCUGCCGUCGGACAAACUGAGUAAGAUACAGACACUGAAACUUGCGUCCAGAUACAUAGAUUUUCUCUGUCAGGUCCUACAAAGCGACGAGAUGGAUAACAAGAUGUCAAGCUGCAGUUACGUCGCUCAUGAAAGACUCAGUUACGCUUUCUCAGUCUGGCGGAUGGAGGGCGCGUGGUCCAUGUCCGCGUCCCACUAGCUCCAGUAGCCUACGAUCCGUAAUGCCAGGGCCUGUUGACUUCAACGGUUAACGAAGCCAAAGGACUUGAAGAAUCCGGCCGGACGGACUCCAGUGGAGCAUGAAGGACGUCAAAGUGAAUCAAAAUGCUUAAAAAAACAAUUAAAGAGCACAAUCACAAUCAUAUUACACCUCUUAGUAAAGUAAACGCUGUUCUUUCAAUGUCAGAAUGACGAGCCGGGAUUUUCGCAGAGUGUAUACCUUUAUGUCAUUAUAUUCAAAACAGAAAUGUAUGUAUAAUGUAUGUAUAAAAGGAAUUAUUGUGAAUAUUUGAAUACGAAGCCCUAUAAUAUACAUUCUAAUGGAGCAAUACAAGUGGAGUAACUUCUUGAAGUACAAUGCAUGUUUGUUUCCUCAUACAAUGGAUCUUUUUUCCCCGUUGAUUUCGUUGACCUACUUACCUAUGUCGUCCAAUGUGCAUUUCUAUUAUUUAUGAAUAAUUUUUAAACAAUUCAAUUACUUUAUACGGCAUUGCCAUAUAACUCCUUCGCAAUUAUAAAAAGUACUCAUUUUUAUAAGCUGAGAAUUUAGUUUUGAUAGGUAUAAAACUUGCAGACUGGAUAGUUAAUUUAUUUCUUCACAGGCAAUUGGCGUUCUCUUUAUUGGCCGAUAAUGGGUUCUGAGGUUUUGUAACUUUAAACAUUUUUUUUUAAAUAUAUUUUUUGUUCAAAUAUAAAAUGCCUUCCUUGAGACAGGAUUUUUACCUUCAAGCGCUUUAUGAAUCCUUUGCUCUUUUAUUUGAUCCGGAGCAAAAACUAUAAGCCGAAGCUUUUCUCAUCUCAUCGAUCCCUUCUUCAGAGUGUGAGAAAUUUAUAUAUAUAUUUUAUUUUAUUUUAUUUUUUGCUGUUGUGAUAAACAUCUAUAAAAACUUCGAGACGUUCAUUAGGGGAAUAAACUGAAGCCAGUUUCAAACCAGAUCGUAUAAAAGCCCUAUCCGAUGUAAUAAGAAGUAAUGAUUUAUAAAUAGUCAUACCACUGGGGAUUUUUUUAGCGAGCAAAGAACUCCACAAGACCACAGAUAUACGAAGUAUUUGCUCAACCUUUAAAUACCGGACCCCUACCAAACCGUUUUUCCUUUUAUUUGAAACUCGUAGCCUACUGGUUAGGGAUAAUUUUCCCAUAAUUGGAAGAGAUAACCUAUAUAUCUAGCAACAGCGCGAUUUCUUCUGUGGAGGCAUCAUUGUCUUAUGAUAGUGAACAAUUUCUGUGUAUUUAUGUAAUUUUAAAGUUUAUAGGAAUAUUCUGUUGCUUGUUUAAAUUAUUAGACUGAAUUUUGUAAAGCAUAUAAAAGCAUUAAAGUCUUUCAAAAUAGUUUGAAGUAAUGUUACCAAAUUUUAUUCAUGGUUUUUAACCAUAAGUAAGGAUUCUUGUAAUUGAACAAAUUCAUCACGAGUAUAUUAUUUUGCAAUUAUAAAUCUGACGAUUAAUGAUGUGUUUUGAUCGUGUUCUACUGUAUGAGAGAUGACCCCAGAUGGGAAUGAUGAUAUUUAGAGGAAUCACCAUAUAUAUUGAGACAGAAAAGUUGGUUUAAAUGUUUAGUAUAGCAACUAAGCUGAAGUGACUCUGGAGUAAAGAGCAUUGUAACAGUGUUAUUCCAACGGAAAAGUGAAUCCCAGGUAAAGCGCAGUGUUGGAAUCUUUCUCUUGGUUCCUUACUGAAUUAAAUUAAAAACGAGGGAAUUAAGUUUUAUU